GCUCCUGUAGAACGGCAAUGCGCUCAGUUACCAUGGUAACAGCCAUUUCGUUGUCUAGGCAGAAAGUUUAUUGGACAUUACCGAUUGGUCUAAAAACAGCGCUGAGCCACGCCCCCAAAUGGAAUGAUUGGUCAGUUUUCACGAUGUUACGGGGAUGUACCCGGAAGAAGCUGUCCGGACUACAAGAGACCGCCCAGGGCACGGAUAUCUAGAGACAGCUGCUCCUAGUUAUUAUUAAUAUUCGCUGCUGCACUGUGGGUGCCACGUGAUGCUUAUUGAGUUGGACAGCUACCAGUAGUCGCUUUAGCUACAAUUAGGGUUGCCACCUUUUAUAAAAAAAAUUACCGGCUGCCGGGGGCGGGGCCUCAAAGGGCGGGACGUGACGUCAAAAGGGGCCACGCCACGGACGCUUGAAGAGGCAAAAGAAAAGCAGGAUGGUGGCCGAGGGAGACCCUGGGAACCUGGUGAAAAUUUUUCACCUUCUUGUGCUCUCUGCAUCCUGGGGAAUGCAGUGCUGGAUGACGUUUGUUGCAGGGUUCGUGCUGAUCAAGGGCGUGCCUCGGCAUACUUUUGGCCUGGUUCAGAGUAAGCUGUUCCCGUAUUACAACCAUAUUGUCCUGUGCUGCUCCUUUAUCAGCCUGGCUAUAUAUGCAGCUUAUCACCCCCGGGAGUUGCUGUCACCCAGCGAGAGUGUUCAGAUCUCUCUGUUCUUCACAUCCCUCCUUGUUGCGGCACUGCAAGCUCGCUGGUUUUCCCCAGUGACCACCAAGACCAUGUUUAAGAUGCACGUCAUUGAGAGGGAACACAGCCUGGGGCAGGGAGUGGGCUUGUCUGCCAACAAGGAAGGAUAUCAGCUCUUGCAGGAGAAGGAUCCCAAGUACAAAGCCUUACGCAAGCGCUUCAUGCGAUACCAUGGCAUCUCCUCCCUCUGCAACCUCCUGUGCCUCCUCUGCAAUGGGGCCAACCUGGUGUAUAUAGCUCUGCUCAUGCCCACACUGUAGCCAAGCUUCUACUCACCCAGGGACCAAUACCAUUAUAAGCACACGCAUAUAUUUUUAUAUUGCCAUGCUGAGCCAGAGGAAUCAAAUGCCAGUGAUUUUACACUAAUAAUAAUUGACAAUAAGACAAUGCCCUAAUAGAAGUGGCAUAUACAGCGGGUGUCUAAUCCUGCAGAUCUUUUUUUCUUAUAAUUAAAAGAACAUUUCUGAAAAUCAAA